GUCUCUCCAAGCAGAUCAUCUCAUAGCCGCCUAUAAAACGUGUACACAAACUCCGAAUUAAUCGAUCAAUCAAUCAGUGAGCCACAAACGCCUAUAAGCUGUAGCUGAAAUCUUGAUCUGUGUAGCUCCAUGGAGUCGGCCAUGAGGAGGAAGAUGGCCGUGGUGGUGAUGUCGGUGUUGAUGAUGGCGGCGGCGGCGGCGGCGAACUACGCGGCGGAGCCGGAGGAGGACUGCGCGACGCAGACGACCUACUUCACCAACUGCCUGAGGCGCGGGAUCAGGGAAGGCUGCUGCGGGGUGGUGAAGAACCACUGGUGCCUGUGCCAGGUGAAGCGGGAGGCGGAGGUGAAAUGCAUCCCCGGGCGCCGCUGCGACGUGCCCAAGGCCCUCAAGAUCGCCGACAUGGACCUCCCCUGCAUGAGAAACCUCAGGUGCAGCAAGCACGCCUGAUAUAACCAAAUCUGCUACGCUAUAUCCAACUUAAUUAGAUGCCUACUGCCUCCAAGUUAUGUUACUCUGUUUGUUACUGCAUCCUAUGUUUUUUUUCUAGAUGAUUUUGUUGAAGCAAUCAAUCCCAACCUGAUGUAUACUGCUCAUUGUCCUAUAUAUUAUUAUUAUGGUCGGCUCCGGAUCUCAUAUUCACGAUA